GGGUAAAAAACUGCUUAUCUUCGCUUUUAUUUUACCUAUUCUGGUAAUUUACUUUCAAAGAAAAUUUUCACAAGAUGUGAAUGCAAAAACGUUUGAAACAUUUGUAAAGAUGGUAGCUCAGUUCAUUUUUAAACCUGAAGAAGCUUCACUAUCUAUGAAGUCAAUGAACACACAUGUUAAACAGCCCAACUGUCUUAAAUGGCCAUUAAAAGUAGAAGAUUUACAACAAUGCAAACAUUUAUGUUUAUUUGGAUAUGUAUUUGAUGUUUCCAAUGAUCAGAAAUUUAGUGGUAUGGAUGGAAUAUACACGAAUCUGACUGGUCAUUGUGAUAUGUACAAAUUUGUUGGUGAAACGAAACGUUAUGGUUUAGAUGGGUUGACAAUUGCUCAAAUCUCUGAUUUAUCACAACAAUUUCAAGAAGUUAUAAAUAAUUAUGCAUGCAUUGGUUAUGUUCCAGGAAUAUAUCUGGAUCCAAUGGGCGAACCAAUGGCCUACUUUCAAGAAAUUAUGCACACAUGGGAUGUGAUUGUUAAAGAAAAUGAGAAGAUUUUUUCCCUAUUUCCUAAAUGCGAACUAAGAAGUGUUGGAGAUCAGGUGUACGGAUAUUGUGAAGAUAAAAGAUCUAAUAAUCCCUUGGAGUUUACAACUCCAAAACAAUUAAAUCAUCCAAAUUUCUUGAAACCACCAUGUGUUUGUGUAACGCACAGAAGGAGUGAUAAUUUAGAAUCACUUUUCAACUUCCAAGAUUAUCAUGACUGUCAGUCGAAGAAUGAGUGUUUAUUGAAUCCAAUCUAGCAGUAUUGAGUGAUGUCCAGGCAGUUGAACACUUUGCCUUAAUUAUUUGUUUGUCUGCUUUUGUAGUAAUUGCCUAUUUUGUUUAGUGGAUAAACUUUUUAUACUUUUUGAUAUUCUGUGUGUGUUUGUGUGUGAUUGAAAUGCAAUUUUGUAAAUACAUGUGAAUAUUUUGCUAUA